CCGCAAAAGUUACUGAAGGUACUCAAAGAACAUCGAUCGGUAGUGUUGGCACGGAGAAAGCAACGACUGGUACUGGAAGCACCGGAAGAAUCUCAGUUGGAACCGUAGGUACGGAGAGAAUAACAACCGUUACUGAAGGUGCCCAAAGAACAUCGGUCGGUACUAUUGGCACGGAGAAGACAACUGCUGCUACAGGAAGCACUGGAAGAUUCUCAAUUGGCACUGUAGGUACCGAAAGGACAGCAACAGUUACUGAAGGUACUCAUAGAACAUCGAUCGGUAGUGUUGGCACGGAGGGAGCAACAACUGGUGCAGGAAGUACUGGAAGAUCCUCAAUUGGAACUACAGGUACCGAAAGGACAGCAGCAGUUACUGAAGGUACUCAAAGAACAUCGAUCGGUAGUAUUGGCACGGAGAAGACAACAACUGGUGCAGGAAGUACUGGAAGAUCCUCAAUUGGAACUACAGGUACCGAAAGGACCGCAACAGUUACUGAAGGUACUCAAAGAACAUCGAUCGGUAGUGUUGGCACGGAGAAAGCAACGACUGGUACUGGAAGCACCGGAAGAAUCUCAGUUGGAACCGUAGGUACGGAGAG